AUGUUUCCUCUAUCUGCCAAACGAAAUCUACUUGCUCGAGUUAGACUUUACUCGUCAACUAAUGGCUUUAAGAACCAAAAUCCCGCCUUGAGCUUUUUUCAGCGAGCCAAAUUGCCCGCCAAUACCAUUAUCAAAUUUGUUCCACAACAAACUGCCUAUGUUGUAGAACGUAUGGGAAAAUUUCUGAAAGUAUUGCAGCCUGGUAUUGCACUUCUUUUACCAUUCUUAGACAGGAUCUCUUAUGUACAUUCUUUAAAGGAGACUGCCAUUGAGAUCCCAUCCCAAAAUGCCAUCACAGCGGAUAAUGUCUCUCUUGAACUUGACGGAAUCUUGUAUAUCAAGGUUCACGACCCUUAUAAAGCGUCAUAUGGCGUUGAGGACUUCAAGUUUGCUAUAAGUCAGCUCGCUCAAACCACGAUGAGGUCAGAAAUCGGCUCCAUGAGUCUUGACGCGGUUUUGAAAGAAAGGCAAAAACUAAACACCAAUAUCAAUCAGAUAAUAAACGAAGCCGCUAAAGAUCAUUGGGGAGUUGAGUGUUUGCGAUAUGAAAUAAGGGAUAUUCAUCCUCCACAAAAUGUUGUCGAUGCCAUGCAUAGGCAAGUUAGUGCCGACAGAUCGAAGCGUGCGGACAUUUUGGAGUCAGAGGGAGUAAGGCAAUCGAAAAUAAAUAUAGCUGAAGGAGAAAAACAGGCUGCUAUUUUGAAGGCCGAAUCAACUGCAGUAAGCAUUGAACGUAUUGCUAAGACGAUUGCGGAACACUCAGGAGAAAAUGCUGUUAAUCUUCAAAUUGCUCAAGAGUAUAUCAAGGAAUUUGGUAAUAUUGCGAAGACCACUAAUACAGUGGUGAUUCCUUCGAGCAUGAGCGAUGUAAGCGGCUUUGUUGCCUCCGGUUUGUCUGUUUACGAUUCCAUCGCCAAAAGAACAAAGAACGAUCUGUAA